CCGGCCUGCCGGGCCUCGAGCCCGAAAGGAAGAGACAACGGGGAAGUUCCGGUACCAUUUCGGGGAGAAGAAGCUGCCAUGGAAGAGCCUGCAGCUCCCACAGAACCCCACGAGGCAGCUGGGGCAACAGCGGGUGCCGAGGCCACAGGGGCAGGGGCAGCUAGGCCCAGCGUCCCCGUGCGCAGGGUCCUCAGGGGGUCGGGGGUUCCGGGCCCAACCCCCUUCCGCCCGUCACGUGUGAGGCCUGCCCAGGCCUCAGGGGGCGGGGCCAGGCCCAGUCUCCUGCCUGGCCGAAGCAGCGGCAGCUGGACGAAGCAAGUCGUCUGCAGGUAUUAUAUGCAUGGGCUGUGCAAGGAGGGGGAGAACUGUCGCUACUCCCACGACCUCUCGGGCCGCCAGCUGGCCGGGGAGGGCCGCGGUUCGCCGCCUCGGGCCUCUCCCGACAGAGGCCCCAGCACGGCUGCGCACAACGAGCCCGAGCCCCUGCCUCAGCAAGUGGCGGAAGCCCCCCCUGCUGCGUCCUCUUGCUCCUUGCCUCUGAUUGGCUCGGCUGCUGAAAGGGGUUUCUUUGAAGCCAAGACAGACAAUGCCGGCCUUGAGGCUGCCGGAGGAGCAGGUGCAGAAGGCUGGGAGGGUGCCAUUGAGUUUGUUCCCGGGCAACCCUACCGGGGCCGUAAGGCCCCUUAUAUUCCCGAAGCUCCUGUACAGAGCUUGGUGACUGAGAGGGAGCAGGUUGCUGUGGGCAUGGGGGAGCAGCUUUGCCGCGAUGCUGCCAUGGGGCAAUGCUUUCGUGGGGAGAGCUGUGUGUAUCUCCACGGAGAGAUAUGCGAUAUGUGUGGGCUUCAGGUCUUGCACCCCGUGAAUGCUGUCCAAAGGGCAGAGCAUAUAAAAGCCUGCAUUGAAGUACACGAGAAGGAUAUGGAACUCUCUUUUGCUGUGCAGCGUAGUAUCGACAAAGUGUGUGGCAUCUGCAUGGAGGUUGUCUUUGAGAGAGCUAAAUCCGCUGACUGCCGUUUUGGCAUCCUCUCCAACUGCAACCACACCUUCUGUCUUAAGUGUAUCCGCAGGUGGAGGACUGCCAAACAGUUUGAGAACAGGAUCAUCAAGUCCUGCCCUCAGUGCAGGGUCACCUCCAAUUUUGUCAUUCCCAGUGAGUUCUGGGUGGAGGAGGAGGAUGAAAAGCAGAAACUUAUUCAGCAGUACAAGGAGGCUAUGAGAAGCAAGACCUGCAGGUAUUUUUCUGUAGGCAGGCGUUGCUGCCCAUUUGGAGAGAAGUGUUUUUACAAGCAUGCAGAGCCUGAGGGCCAGGGAGAGGAGCCUCAGAGGCAGAGUGCUGGGGCAUCCAGCACUCAAAGCAAUCAACUUUUGGAGCCUGUGCAGGUGGGAAAGGGCUUAUUGCCCUUUAAGAGCAGUAAAAAAAAAAAAAAAAAAAAAAAAAAAGAGCUUGUCAUGCUUCUGCUGGCCAGUCUGUGGUUUCAAUGUUUUCUUUCACUGGGAGAUAAUGAGCUCUGCUUCUCAGAACCAAUAGGGCUUGCUUCAUGAUGAACAGACAAAUCUUUCCAUUUGGUCUGUAGCAUUGCUGUGGCAUGUGGUCUGGUGUGCUGAGGCUGUGUCAUCUGCUAUUGCCUGUUUGUGUUCAUAGACACAUAUCAUCACUUACAGGAGCUGUUGAAAUCAUUCCAUCUGUUUUCUUGCCCACCCCCAUUUCCCAUUUCUUCCCUCCUAGGAUCAUGGUGUUUCACUGUAUUAACAAAAAGUCCUUAAAGUUAUUGUUCGGUGAAAUGAAUAUUGCUGUCAGUUUACGGUUUAUUUUGUCAUCUCUGUUUUCAACAGGAUUGAUUCAGUUCUAGUCUAAUGUUUACAGAAUUUCCACUCAUUUUGAAGUCCCUCAAGAAUAAAUGUGACAGGGUGAAGGGAGAAGUCUUACUGAACAAGGAGCUUUUUGCUACUGCAGCCUUAAGAAAUGGACCCUCAGGAGGGCUUUUGUGGCACAGCUGCUCAUCUCUGUUGUUUACAUGUCUGUUCCUUCCCUCAUCCCCUUUGCAAGUGCACUUUUUAACUUGUUACCUUGUGGUUUCUGUUUUACUUGAUCAGAACCAGGUGUGUAUGUUUACAUGUUUUUAUCCUGUUUACCUUGAUGUGAAAAUAUUUAUAUUUGGAAGUAUAUAUUUAAGGAUUA